UGUAUGUAGAAAUAUAGAGAUAUCUCUUCCUGUAAUAGAUAUUGCCUCCUAAAGAGGUAAAGAAAUCAUCCUUGGGAUUGAUGAUUUUUAGAUUAUGACACUGAUUUAGUUCUGAACAUUGAUCUAAAUUAUAGUUGCUUUAUCUCGCUACUCAAGAUGUAUUUAAAUGUUCUGGCUUUAACAUAAUUGUGCUUUGUUUGUACAAUACCAUAAUUAUUUUUUUCAAAAACGUUGAAUAUCCUUGUAGUGAACCUUCCGCCACCUCAUAUUAUAAACCAUUAUAAUGUCACUCAGUGACACAGGGCAGGAUUCAAGUCAUGAUCAUUAGGCAAAAUAUAUAAGUGGGAACAGUUCACUGGCGAGCAGCAAAUGUUUGCUGUUCUCUAGAGUGUCGAGAGGAUACAUCUUCUUUCAAUGAACAGUGCCUGUCUUUAAUCUGUUCUUUUUGUAGUUUAAAAAAUUAUUCUGUUUUCUUUUUAUAGCCUGUCAAAAAAGAUAAUAGUGAUGUACAAAGAGGGUAAGUUUACCAUCAUAUUGAACUCCACACGUGUUCGUCCUGUAAAGUUUUAUCUCAGUGGGUUUUACAAUAUCCCUCAUGUUAAGUAUUAUUACAUCUUUCUGUGCUUUGUGUACAUCAUGACUGUCCUUGGCAAUGGUUUUCUGCUUUCUGUUAUCUACCUGGUGAAGACUCUUCACACUCCCAGAUACAUUAUAGUGUUCAACUUGGCUCUGACAGAUCUGUGUGGGAGCACUGCUCUCAUCCCAAAACUAUUGGACACAUUUUUGUUUGAGAGGAGAUACAUUGUUUAUGAGGCAUGCCUAAGUUACAUGUUCUUUGUUUUAUUCUUUGGAAGUAUGCAGUCAUGGACGCUUGUCGCAAUGGCAUAUGACAGAUUAAUUGCAAUUUGUUUUCCAUUAAGAUACAAUGUUAUUGUCACAAAGAAAUCAAUAGUCACGAUUCUGCUGUGUUCAUGGAUAUCUAUGUUGAUGGUCAUUGCAGUCUUAGUUGGUCUUCUUGAGCGCCUGUCCUUCUGUGGAUCUAUAGUAAUACAAAGUUUUUUCUGUGAUCAUGGACCAACAUUUCGUCUAGCAUGUAAUGACACUUUUCUAAAUACUGUAAUGGCAUAUUUUACUUUUACUUUGGUCAUCUGCAUUCCUCUUGUACUGAUAGGUGCCACCUAUGUUUGCAUUUCUAUAGCGCUGAGCAGGACUGCAUCCAGAGAAGAACGACUUAAAGCAAUGCAAACUUGUACUUCUCAUCUGAUUCUGGUGGCACUAUCUGUCAUACCAUAUCUGGGCACAAAUAUAAUUGUAAACAUUACUAAUAUUAGUCCUAAUGUGAGAAUCUUCAAUUCCAGCUUGUCACACAUAUGUCCCACUCUGCUUAAUCCCAUUAUAUACUCUUUAAAGACAGAGGAAGUGACAAGUGCAGUUAAGAAGCUAUUAAAAAAAAAAAGAGGCAUAAUAUCAAAUUGAUAAACUUGCUUUUACUGACUUGCAAGCCUACGUUGAAAGUCAAGAUCUGUUGGCUGUCAUCUCAAUUCUUCUUGUGGGCUCACAUAUUUAUCCUGGGUUGUGACCAAAAAUACUGCAUCUAUCAUUGUUUUUCAAAGAGGACAUGCAGAACUCUGUGGCAGAAUGCUUAAUUUUAGGCUUCCCAUUAUUUAGAAUUUCACUAAUUUGGUCUUACUCAUCUUUAUAACCUCACAGAUAGUGUGUUAUUUGUCAGUCAGUCAUUUUCUACCGCUUAUUCCAUAGUGGG